GUGAACCUCCACGGUCUGAGGGGGCGACAGCAGCGGGCCAGACCGGGCACAGAGCGUGGCGCACGGGGAGAGGUGUGUCCGAGAGGCCGCUGUGUGACUGGAGCUCCGAUAAUCCAAACCGAAGGAAACAUGGCAAAAACCUACGAUUAUUUGUUCAAGUUGCUGCUGAUUGGAGACAGCGGCGUCGGAAAAACGUGCCUCCUCUUCAGAUUCAGCGAAGACGCGUUCAACACAACCUUUAUAUCCACUAUCGGUAUUGACUUCAAAAUCAGGACGGUAGAGUUGGACGGCAAGAAAAUCAAACUCCAAAUAUGGGACACAGCAGGUCAGGAGCGAUUCAGAACUAUUACUACGGCCUAUUACAGAGGAGCUAUGGGCAUCAUGCUGGUGUAUGACAUCACCAUGGAGAAAUCCUUUGACAACAUCAAGAACUGGAUCAGGAACAUCGAGGAGCACGCCUCCUCUGACGUGGAGAGGAUGAUUCUGGGGAACAAAUGCGACAUGAACGACAAGAGACAGGUGUCCAAAGAAAGAGGAGAGAAGUUGGCGAUCGAUUAUGGAAUAAAGUUUUUGGAGACCAGUGCAAAGUCCGGGAUCAAUGUAGAAGAGGCCUUUUUCACUCUCGCCCGGGACAUCAUGACGAGACUCAACAGGAGAAUGAAUGACAAUAACGCGCCCGGCGGUGGAGGUCCAGUCAAAAUCACCGAGAAUCGCCCCAAGAGGAGUUUUUUCCGAUGUUCGCUUUUGUAGGCGGAGUCUAGAGCCGUGGGACGCUCUGAUUGGUCCUCGUGGUGCAUGGGCCUUUUUCGACGGGACACAGCGCCACAAAACACAGACUUAUCCCAACGAGCUGAAGUAAAACAAGACAGAGGAACACACUGAAGGAAGGAUCUUAUUUGAGCUUUUUAUGGUUUUGAAUUGACUUUUUUAAACUUUUUUGAAUUUCGCGUCUUACAUUUCACUGUGUUGAGCUCUGAUGCUUCAAACUAACUUUUUUAACAACAAAACGGAGACUGUUACAUCAUACCAAAGCCAUUUUUUUGGGUCUUUUUAAACAUUUUAUGCCUUUUUUUUUUUUUUUUUUUUUUUUUUUUGCAGUUGACUUUUCAAUCACUCCAGUGGCUUUACGGACUAGCAGCAACACGUCAAAGCAAGUUUUCGCAAAGUUAGUAGUAUUAUUUUUCGAAGAUCAACUCAUUUAAAGGUGCAUUACGUAACUUUUCUGUCCAUGGAGAUGUUAUUGCUUUGCGAAGAAUGCAAGUUACAGGUCACAACGCAUUUUUCAAGGGUUUUUAUGCUGUUUUUUGCAGUUAAAACACCUUAAGCUUGAGCAAACUGGUUGGGAAGACAGCACAAUCAGGCUAAGUUACAAGUCAGAUCUAUGGAAAGGCAAGCCCAAGCUCCAUAAAAAUGCAUGUUUUUCAAGGUCUUUUUGAGCAAUAUUUAGCCUACUUCAAAACGAAAUAAACACAAGAGCUAUAUAUUUUUGAUGCUAUCCUGUGGAAUGUUCCAAGCAAAGCAAUAAAAUCUACAAACCCAGCCUCAGAAAAGUUACACAGUGCAUCUUUAAGUUCAUGAGGAAAUGUAGCAAAUUUAUGUUAUUAUUACUCAUAAAUUACAAGUUCCUUUAGGAUUGUUUUUCAGUCAUUACUUAUGUAUUAAUCAAUCUAUAACCUUAAUUGCCUGAGGUCCAGAAUACAAACUGCUCCAAUACUUUACGAAGAUGUGAGUCUGGUCAUCGCAGAAUCUCCCAGAGUUCACUUGGGCGUGACUGACAGGUGGAUUAGCCAAUCAGGGUCACACGUGGUUCAUCCAUGUCAAAAUAGAUAUGGCUGCUUAAGAGGAAAAAAGAAUGGAAAAAAUAUACCGGAUUUUUCGGACUAUAAGGCGCACUAAAAAUCCUUUAAUUUUCUCAAAAAUCGACAAUGCGCCUUAUGGAUUAAAUCUGGUUGUGCUUACUGACCUCAAACUGAUUUUAUGUGGUACAUGGCGCUGUCAAAAUGUUUUAGUACGACUUUGGUAAGCUACGACGCCGCACCGCUUGAUGAAUUGUCGGAGCUUUAUAGCUACAGUAGUCAGGAGCCUCACCAAAUAAAGGGCGAAGUAUAGUUCUGCAUCGACUCAACACACACUGCUGCCGUCGCCUUGUCGCAGAAAGAACACACAUAUUCCACUGAGACUACGUUUACACUGAAACAAAUCCGCGUAUCACCGCAUCGGAAACGAUCUGUGUCCAGACACGUCGUUUCUGUGUCCGCAAGCCUUCCCUAUCCACACAGCUUUGAGCAUAUUUGUUGACGUUUUGUGCUCAAAAAACUAUUGUGCGCUGAUGCGGUUCAGCUUCUGUCGGUCUAAAGGACACGACUCAGUGGAAUAUGAGUGUUCUUUCUGUGACAGAGGGGGUGUUCUUCUCAUGGUGAGUCUGUUCUGUGCUUCUAUCGUGUUGGAGAUGGUUCAUGUUAAACUUUUUAGAGAUUAUACAUCUGCAGGUCGUACACACAGACAUACAUAUAUAUGAAUUUACAUAUAUUCUAACCACGUAGUGUUUUGGCGGUGAAUUACUUUGCGGCGUGUAGAACUACAUUAGCGUAUCAGCGUUUUCAGGCGUCCACACAGUGCCGGAUCAGAUCUGUACUCAAAUGAAUUCGUGUGAGCUGGCGGCACCAGAUUGUUCCGUCUCUGGAGCCGUUUUCAAUCGGAUUAGUGUGGACGAACACUGCAUCCGCAAUGAAAACAACUCGAAUAUGUACUAGUGUGGACAGGGCCUGAGUCGUGUCCUUUAGUCCAACAGAAGCUGACUGCAUCAACGCACAAGGAGAAAGCUGUUUUUCAGCACUUAUAGUUUAUGCAAAUGAGCCAUGUGGUUUAAAGUUUUGUUUCUGUAAAAUGUAAACAAAUGUGCGCAAAACUGCAUUAAGCACAUUAUUACUCAUUGUAUAUUUAAGUCGUCCACAUUCAUAAUACACAUUCAACAAGACAAGGAGGCAACACCGUGCGAAUUACGCCGCGAUCUCCCAGUGGAUCGUGGAUGCCUGGGCUAAGGGAACAAUCUCAAGUGUCGUCCAUUUGUUUUGCUUAAUGCGCCUUAUAAUCCGGUGCACUUUAUGUAUGAAAAUAAUCGAGAGAAUUCAACAUUACUGAUAUUGUGCCUUAUAGUCCGAAAAAUACGGUAACUGGGGACAUUGAGCGAACCACUAAACCCUGUUAAUCUGAAGUGAGAGAAGUUUGAUUUUGUUUGUAAAUAAUGAGCAACCAAUGAGCUCCUUCGUUUCACAUGCGUCAAUGAAAUAAACAAAUCUGAUUGGACGAUCUGAUAUUUCUCUGAAAAAAAAUAAAAUUAAAUAAAAUACAGAGAUAUCAUUCUGGACUUGACAGGCAAUAAUAUUAAUAUUUUGAAGGAUAAAGGAAACGUCUUACAUAGAACGAGAAAAUACGAUACCUCUUUGUUCAUCGUAAUCGUACAUGUGAAGUUUAUGGUAAAAAGUCAAAUGAGCAAAGGUUUGGUGUUUCAGUAUUAACUACUCAAUAUUGUUUUACUAUUUACCGUUUAAAACACAAAUAUGAGUUUAUAGAAGGUGCAAUCGAAACUAAAUAUAUAAAGUAAAUAAUAAGGAGAAAUCUAUUAUCUUUAGGACAUUAUAGUAGAUACGAGAAAGCAACAAUGCAAUAAUGUACUCUGACAAUGAUAGACUGACAACUCAUGGUUUUAAAGCCCCAGUGUGUAACUUUCUGCCAAAAAUAGAUAAAAAUAAAUGCAUUAUGGACGUGUUUCUUGCACUGAAAAACAUAAAAACAAGCAUCCUUACUGUGAGCAGGCUUAUAUCUCCACAGACCUGACUUUAUUUCAGUUUCUAAUGCUUGUUUCCAUGGAAAUUUUGUUCGUAUUGCAUAAAACUUAUCACCACAGAGAAUGUUCGCAAGUAUGUUUUAACUUUUUAUGUCCAUGAAGUUUGCAGUUGACUUUCCACCCUCAGAAAGUUACACGCUAUCACUUAAACUAAAAGUGCAAUAUUUAAAAUUAGGAGCCAAACGUGUUUUAUAUGUACUUUUGGCCUUAAAAAUUCAAAAUAGUCAUAAUACUAGGGAUGUAACAAUAACCAAAAUAUUGUGAUAUCAAAUCAUCAAAAGUCUCACAAUAAUAUCGUGGGCUCUCACAAUAUAUCGAAUUACAAGUUCCUUUGCGUAAAUGCAUGGUUCUAUAGUAGCGACAGCUUAUAAACAUAGGGAACUAAAUCUGUGUAUCAUUCGUUCAUUUGUUUUUCAAUAUAAAACCAAAAAACAAAAAUUUUCUUCAUUAUUUGUCUCCAAAACCAAAAUGAAAAAACAGAUAAUGAUUUGUUUUUUCAGUUUUUGAUUUUGUGUUUAAAUGAAUAAUAAAAAAAAACCAAAAAACAUUUUUGUGGCUUAAACUGCAAAGCCAGACUGAACCAGGAAUUAAUCAGGACUAAACCAGGACUAAACUGUUUUCAGUCCUGCUCUGGUCCCAGUCUCAGUCCUUUUCUCAGUCCUGGUCUGGUCUCAGUACCGGUCUCAGAUCUAGUCUGGUCCCGGUGUCAAUCCCAGUCUCAGUCCCAUUCUCAGUCCCAUUCUCAGUCCUUGUCCUGGUCUCAGUCCUGGUCUUGGUCCCGGUCUCGGCCCUGGUCCUGUUCCCGGUCUCAGCCCCGGUCUCAGUCCUGGUCUCGGCUCUGGUCUCGACCCCGGUCUCAGUCCUGGUCUCAGUCCCGGUCUCAGUCCUGGUCUCGGCUCUGGUCUCGACCCCGGUCUCAGUCCUGGUCCUGGUCCCAGACCAAAUCCUGGUCUCAGUCCCGGUCUGGUUCCGGUCUGGUCCCAGACCUGUUUUAGUCCUGGUUCAGUCCGGCAUGACAGUUUAAAGGUUGUAUGGAGGAUUUUUUUUUUGUUUUUUUUUGUUUCAAGUUGUCAAUGAUAGCAUUAUAGAGGUGCAGUAGCCUUGGAAUUAUGAUGACCAAAAAAAAGAGAAUAAAAAUUCAUCAACUCUGGACGUGGUGGGGCCAGCUAAACAUUUGCCAAUAGAUAACGACAUUGCCUCGUUAUCUGUUAGCUGACAGGCUGUCAAUCAAUCUCCCUACGUUUCUAGCGUAACUGACCUGCCUGCGCGCCGCCGGUACGUGGUUUACGUACGCCUGUCACGCAGUCCACAGACGCAAGACGCACAGACGCUGUUUACUCCACCAACGCAACAGUUCUUAGCGGCUUUUUUUGACCUAUAUCUUCCUCGCAGUUAGCACAAAGUUUGUUGCAAUGGCGACAAGAAUCCAGGAGCAGUUAGCCGCAAAAGAAAGUCCGUUUUUGAGGUCGCUGAAAGAAGAAGACAAGGGGAAAAGCAGCGAAGCCAAACUAAGGUGAUUCUUGUAGAUUCAUUCCAGCGAUGGCGCGACUGAAGCAGACGCAGGGUCUAAAGACUGACGCAUUGGUCGCCAAAUUACUCCUGGACAGGUAACUUCUGCUUAUUAUGAAAACGUACUUUAUUUCCAAGAGCUAGUCAAACGUUUUUCAGGACACGAAAGCGAUAUCCUAUGUCUGAAAAUGUAAUUUUCAAGGCAAAGAAAGAGUCCGCUUGCUGCUGCGUGUUGUAGCUAGUUCAUUCGCACUGAAUCUCCGCGCAACCUUCUCUGCUCCCCUUUCCUACUCCUGUCCCCGCUGCCCGUUCCGCUCUUCCCCCUUCUCCUCACUUCUCCGGGCACGGAAUCUCCGCGCACCUCUCCCCUCUCCUCUCUCCUCUCUCCCUGCUCCGCUCUUCUCCCUGCUCCUCACUUCUCGUCCGCGAACGAAAUGUCCGCACACCCGCUCCCCCCGCUCCUCACUUCUCCGCCUUGCCUAACCAACACUGUAGUUAGUUGUUUACAAGUCAUGUGCAGCGCACCGGCUGUAAACAAACCUGUUUCUGGCGUAAAGAGGAGGCGGGAGAAGGCGUUUCUACGUAGGGAGCUGUAGGGGAGGGGGGGUGGUUUCACGCAUGCGCAACAUUUGAAAAAGGACAAACAGUCGCUGGAUUUCUCGUUCCUUGGAAAAUCCUCUAUACAACCUUUAAGUCAUGGAAAUCUGUAACGGUCGUUAUCUGUUUUUUCCAUUAUUCAUUUAAACUCAUUAAAAACUGAAAAAACUAAUCAUUAUCCGCUUUUUCAUUUUGGUUUUGGAGACAAAUAAUGAAGAAAAUAGUUUUUUCUUUUACUUAUUUUUGGUUUUAUUUUGAAAAAUGAAUGAACCAAUGACACACGGAUUAAACUACAUAUCCCAUGAUUCAUUUCAGACAACAUGAAGAAAUGUUUUUUUACUUAUGAAUUAUGAUGAGAAUAAUUCACACCAAAAUCUUGUCAAGGUAUUUUUUGAAAGCAAAAAAACAAGUGUCCCAUCUACAAUUUUAUCAACCUCUUUAAAAUAUUGCAAUAAAUAUCGUACCGUGAGAUGCAUAUUGUGAUAAUAUCGUACCGAGAGAUUUGGAUAUCGUUACAUCCCUACAGAAUACACCACUAAGAUGGAAAUAAUGACUGAAUUUAAUUGCCUUUUACAAUCUCAAAUACAUUAUCAUUUUUUGUUUUGUUUUUUUCUGUCAUGUCAAACCACUCGAAGGAAAACCACUCAGUGUUAAAAUGUGCUUUUGGACUGCAGUAUUUUGAAUUAUCCGCUUUAUUUUGAAUUUUAUUUUUGUAUUAAUGUUUGUGUCUUUAAAUGUUUUAAUAGUUGUUUUAAGCAGAAGAAUGUGUAGUCUUAAACAGCCCUAAAUAUUACGACAAGUGGCACUGAGUGAGAACUUGUAAGAAAAUGUAUACAAUAUUAAAAAGCUGUUUUCCAUACAUAUAUGCAUAAGGUAUAAAAUGUGAAAUUCAGAAGGUUGGGUGUUUGGACCCAGCUCAUGUUAGUGCAUACUGUUGUUGUGUCCUUAGGCAAGACACUUCACCCACUCGGCCUGUGUGAAUGUGACGUUUGCUUCAUGUUUGAUGGCAGUAGCUUUGCUCCAGUGAAGAAAGUGAAUGAAUAUUGUAAUAGGUUGGGUUCACGUGACAUAAAAUAAAAACAUGCUAAAGUCUCUAGAGCAGAGGUGUCAAACUCAAACUCAAAUUCACAGAGGGCAAAAUUAAAAACUGGGACUAAGUCAAAGCCAAACUAAAUAUUUAUUGAAAACUUUCAACAACAUCUGCAUGUUUUCUCUUCUAGUGUGAUCCGAUUUUCACAAUCAAAAACUGGGACACUUCCGAUUCCCUGUAUCAUUUGUUCAUUUGUUUUUCAAUAUAAAACCAAAAAUAAGAAAAUGAAAAAACAACUAUUUUCUUCAUUAUUUGUGUGCAAACCAAAAUGAAAAAAAAAAAAAUUAAAAGGAUAACAAUUCAGUUUUUCAUUUUUAAAAUUUUGUGUUUAAAUGAAUAAUGGAAAAAACGGAUGAUGACUGUUUCCCGUUUCCAUGACUUAAACUGCGAUGUCGGACUUUUGCGCCGCAUACGGACUGAACCAGGACUGAACCAGGUCCGGGACCAGACCAGAACCAGACCGGGAUUGAGACCAGAACCGAAACCGGGACUGAGACCAGGACUAGACCAGAACUGAAAAUGGUUUAGUCCUGGUUAGGUUCUGGUUAGGUUCUGGUUAGGUUCCGGUUUAAUUGUGGUUCAGUCCUGGUUCAGUUCGCAUGCAGCACAAAAGUCCGACAUCGCAGUUUAGGUCACAGAAAUGGGAAAUGGCUGUUAUCCAUUUUUUCCAUGAUUAAUUUAAUCACAAAAUCAAAAAAAACAAAAACAAAAAAAACAAUCAUUAUCAGUUUUUUCAUUUUGGUUUUGGAGAAAAAUAAUGAAGAAAAUGGUUGUUUUUUCAUUUUCUUAUUUUUGGUUUUAUAUUUAAAAACAAAUGAGCGAAUAAUACACAGACUCUUCUGGUUUGGGUAAUAAUAAAAUUGUAAAAUGAGUGUGUAAUUAAGGAAAAUUGUUACACACUCGGCCCAUGUGAGUCAGCAUAAUCGAAUUUUCUUUGUGUUUUGGUCAUUUUUAAAAUGCUUUUUUGUAUUUUACCUAAACAAAUGACAAUUUAUGCCUCUUUUUACUGUUGGCAGAGAUAAAAUUUGUCAAAAAUAAGGACACCUGGGUCAUUUCUUGUAUAAAAUUGGGACAAAUCAUUGGUUUUGGAUAAAUCUGUUGGGACAGGGCACACCGGGCUCAAAACUGGGACUGUCCCGGGUAAAUUGGGACAUCUGGUCACCCUAAUUUUAAGCAGUUACCAUGGUGACACAACACAAAUAUUGGCAGUGAAUACCAAAAAUGUUUUUAGAUUGUCUGAAAACUCAAGAAAAAUACUAGAUGGGCUUAGAUUGCACAUUUUCAGGAGCCUGUGAUUGAUACGAGCGUCCAUGGUCCUGUUUAGGUGUUUGAUUUUCAUGUUGGGAAUGUUGACGACCUCCGCUGCAAAGUAUCAAUAGUCAAAUCAAAAUCUAAACUGUGAACGCAACCUAUUAGAUCAUUGUAUUUGUAGAUCAUCGUCAUCAAAUCAUUGUCACAUAUGAAUUUUUUUUUUUUUACAGAUCAAGCAGUGUUAUUUUCUAAGCAAACCUCAUUUAAAUGCCACUUUAAUUAUUAUUAUAGAGAUUAUUUAGAAAUGUAUACAUGAGGAUGGAGAGCUGAAGGAUAACGGUUUGGUCUUUUUUGUGUCCUUGAGCAAGACACUUCACCCACAUGUCCACAUUAAACUCUUUAUAUGUGACUGGUAGUGAUUCAUGGGUCUCAGCUUCCUGUUUUCUGGUGCCAUUUUGAGGAUGUUGACAGUUUGUUUUUAUAUUUUGAAUUGCUAUGACAACAGUAAAACUCCAUCAUUCUGAAACUCUCAGACAGGGAGGGCAUCCGGCUUAAAAACAAGUUGAACGUGUCAGCCAUAGGUCAUGAAAUAAGGAAAGAAAAUUGGCCAAAUCCAGAUUUAGGUGUAUCAUAAUACCAAUCAAUUAAAUAAUAAGUCCUCCUGGUUGAAUCUUGGUUUACUCUUUCGUUAGUUCUUGUUUAGUUCUGAUUUAGUCUUGGUAUAGUCCUGGUUUAGUCUUGGUUUAGUCCUGGUUUAGUCCCGGUUUAGACAAUUUUUUCAGCCGAUUCACAACUAAAUCUAACUGUGAACAUGACGCUGUGAUAAUGGGGGGAUUUUUAUUUUGUAAUUUUUACGUUUGGCCAAUUAUUUGUCCAUUUUAGCAGUAUUUUCAUCACUUCUAUGCAAAUAACCUCAGUUCAUUUUGUUCUUGAACCAAAUAUUUAGUUAAACCAUUGCCUUUUGUGUUUUUAAAUAUCUAGUUUUUCUAUACGUUGAUGCCUUACCUGUGUGUUUUGUUUGGACUUAAAUUGCCGCGUUGAGAAAUUGUUGUCAGAACGUUGAGUGAAAUGCAUUUCUUCAACCAAAUAAAAAAAAUUGUACUUUC